AUGUUGAGGACUUGUGUGCUCUUCGAACAGGGCAUUGCAAUUGAUGAAGGCCAAUUUUUCCCUGAUUUGGUAGAAUUUUGUUUGGAAGCCACUGACAGGGAUGGAAAGACACUUUAUGUGGCUGGUCUUGAUGGCGAUUUCACAAGGUCCCCCUUUUCCGUGAACGGAACUUGCCAACUUCUGAAUCUCAUCCCGUUGGCUGAUGUUGUGGACAAGUACCUUGCAAGAUGCCGGUAUUGUGCGAGCAAUGCUCCAUUCACGUUUCGAACAGUCAAAGAUGACAGGGCUGUCCUAGUGGGUGGAGCGGACAUGUACAUUCCUGUGUGCCGGAAACACUAUGUCAAGAUGUGGAAAGAGCUCGAGGCCAGAUAG